AUGGCUUCUGUUACGGUUCAUUAUUUCGUUAUUGGACUUAUCAUAGCUACCGUGAGCACAUUUUUCAUAAGCUACUUAAUUUCGACGUCAAAUCAUCAUGCAUCUAUAAUCUUUCCAUACAUAAGUGAUACUGGUGCCUUGCCACCCGAAAGCUGUGUAUUUGGUCAAUUACUCAAUAUAUGUUCAUUUCUCUCUUUUGUAUGCAUUUAUUGCUGGUAUCUGCAUGAGUGCAAUGUGAUACAUGCUCUUGAGGGACCUAACUCCCACAUUGUUUUCGCACGCCUUACUUGUACUGUUGGCUGUCUAAGUGCACUGGGAAUGUCGAUUGUAGCUAAUUUCCAGGAAGCAUCUCUAAUAGUCGUUCAUUUGAUUGGGGCAUUGAUGACUUUUGGGUUGGGUAUUGUAUUUUCAGCUUUGGUCACUUAUUCUACACUCAAACAUUUGGAAUACAAUUUUAAGAUAUAUAUAUUCCGCUUAAUCUUAACUAUUUUUGGUUUUCUGGCGCAUCUGGGAGUAUUCAUUUUUGGUCAUUUGUCAGGAGAAAUCCACGGUCCUUUCCCUAGAAAAUGGGAUCCUUCUGAACCGGGUUUUAAAUAUCAUGCAUUGAGUAGCUUUUGCGAAUGGUUAAUGUCCUUCACUUUCUUACUAUUUUUCGCUUCUAUGAUAUUCGAACUGAGAAACUAUGAAUUGGAAUCUGUUAAAAUCCGUCAUAUAGUUAUUGCACCUGAGAACAAUGAACGGACGCCUCUCCUCGCCUAA